AGUCACGGCACUACAUGACCAUAGAGGAGACCCGUCCUUUCAAUCUUCUUUUCAAAAGUUGACUGAAGACGAAAAUAUGGCCACCUCCAAGAAGAAGACCAGGAAGCUACGAGGACACGUGAGCCAUGGGCACGGUCGUAUUGGCAAGCACCGUAAGCAUCCCGGAGGUCGCGGUAACGCUGGUGGUGAGCACCACCACAGGAUCAACAUGGACAAGUACCAUCCUGGAUACUUCGGCAAACUUGGUAUGAGAAAUUACCACUUGAGGAAAAACAAGCUGUUCAACCCCGUACUGAACUUGGACAAGCUGUGGACCCUUGUGUCCGAGCAGUCGCGCCUGAAGUACGCCACCGCCACCGACGGCAAAGUCCCUGUCAUCAACAUUGUCAAGGCUGGUUACUACAAGUUGCUUGGCAAAGGCAACCUCCCCAAACAGCCCGUCAUAGUCAAGGCUAAAUUCUUCUCCAAAACAGCUGAGAGGAAGAUCAAGGCUGUGGGCGGUGUCUGCGUCUUGUCUGCGUAAUUUAAGUCUACAAUAAAUUUAUAAAAUCCACA